CUCACGCCAUAGUCCACUUCAGUCAGUGGAUCACUUCAAUAAAGAGGCCCUACGCGUGGUCCUCUCCGCUCAGUAAGUCAACCACGCUUCCAAACGGACGUACCUCGAAAUCAAGUUCGAAGCCUUCGCACGUGAUAAUCCAUCAUAUAAGUCGCCGCGCAUCCAGGAAGUCGUUCAAUGGCGUUGACAGGUGGUUUACUCCUUGCAGGCCUCGCACUCCUCGCCUAUUUCCGCCUCACUCGUCCCCCAUUCCCUCCAGGUCCAAAUCCCCUCCCAAUCAUAGGCAACAUCCUCGACCUCACUCCAAAAGAACUCUGGCUCACCGCAUUCAAAUGGGCGCACACAUACGGACCCAUAACACACAUCCGCAUAUUCAACCAAUCCCUCGUAUUCCUCAACACACCAAAAGCCGUAUUCGACCUCUUGGACAAACGCGGGUCUAUUUAUAGUGAUAAACCGCACCUAGUCAUGGCUGGUGAGCUUUGUGGCUGCGAAAAUAUGGCAGCCUUUACUCCUUAUGGCGACCGUGCGAGAAGACAGAGGAAGCUCAUGCAGAAGGCGUAUCAUGGCUUGAUGCAGAUGGAAAGCAGACCGUUUUUGUCUAGGUUGGUAAGUAGUCCUCUUCAGUUUCAAGACCAUAUCAGAAGAUACGCAGGUGGACUCACCCUCCUCGUAGUAUACGGUCACCAAGUAAAAUCAAAUGACGACCCCUUCCUAAACCUCGCAGAAGAAUGCGUAGACAUUCUUGCGAAUCGUAUCGCAAGCGGAGGUGGGAUAUGGCCAGUCGACGUCUUUCCAGCCCUCAAACACCUCCCUACGUGGUUCCCCGGCGCUUCCUUCAAGUGCAACGCCAAAAUCUGGAAAGCAAAAAUGGAAGAAUUCGUGGACCUCCCAUACGAAUUCGUGAAAAGCGAAAUCAAAAAAGGAACAGCACGUCCCUCUUUCGUAUCCACCCUCCUUGAACCUCCAAAACUCUCCUCCCCCUUUGACGCAUCCUUCGACUCCACCACCACCGACGACAAUGACGAUGAGGCAUCCUUCACAUCCUCAAGCGACCGCGGCUCCUCCUUCUCAUCCGACAACACAAAAGACACCGCUACAGACGACCAUGAUAUUCGAUGGACAGCUAAUUCCAUGUAUUCAGCCAGCAUCGACACAACCAUUACAACACUCUCCCAUUUCAUCCUCGCAAUGGUUCAGCACCCCCAUGUGCUUCGACGCGCGCAAGCAGAACUCGAUGAUGUCCUUGGAUCGGGGGAAUCGGGCUUACCAUCGAAAGCAAAGCGCCUACCCACAUUCGAAGAUCGCUCAAACCUUCCGUACUGCGAUGCGGUGUUCACGGAAACGCUUAGAUGGGGUGUGCCUGUCCCGCUUAACCUCCCACAUAGAUUAACACAACCAGACACUUACGAAGGCAUGUACAUCCCACAAGGAUCACUCGUAUUCGGGAACAUAUGGGCUAUCAUGCGUGAUCCCGCGUUAUAUCAAGAUCCGGAAGUGUUUGAGCCUGGGAGGUGGUUGGCGCGUGAUGCGAUCGUGGAUAUGGAGGGUAGAAGGGAUUUGGAUGUGGGUGUGGAGGAGGAGGCUGGGAAUGAAAGAGAUCCCAGAGCGUUUGUGUUUGGAUUUGGGAGACGCCGCUGCCCAGGAACACACCUCGUCGAAUCUUCAGUAUGGCUCUUAAUCACCGGCAUGCUCGCGACCCUUGAUAUCCGCAAAGCGAGGGAUGAGAGGGGCGUGGAGAUUGAGCCUGUUGUUAGGUUUGAGAAUUCUGUUUUCAGAACCCCAAGCCCGUUCAUGUGUGAUAUACGUCCUAGGAGCGAGGAAGCGCUGAAGUUGAUUAUGGAGGGGGAGUAGCUUGGUGUGUGUGGUGGGUGCGCUGAUUCCGGGUGCGCGGGCUUGGAUGCUGAUUGUGACCGUGCUGGAAUCAUGUACCGAUUGUCGUGGACUGCGCGUGUUCUUGCUAGGGCCUGGAGCCUCGUGAGUGAAAGAGGAUAUAAGUAUCAUGUCAUGUCAUCAUGAAGCUCGUAUCGUUCGUGUUCGUGUAUUGUAACUUACUUGGGUCGUUUUGAGCGAGGACUCAAUAAUGACAAUAGAGAAAUGCUACAAGUUUUGUGGUAUUUCUCUUCUGUCAUUAUGUAGUCA